AUGCAGAAUCAGGGACAGCACAACUUUCAGAAUCAGAACAGCUCUAAUCUAGCUACACAAGAGUCUAAACUUGAAUUGAUGAUGCAGCAAGUCAUGAUUAAUCAGCAGACGACUGCAAAGGAGAUCCAUGUUAAGGUAGAUGGGAUGUAUCAUGAUCUCAGCAAUAAAAUUGAGAAUAUCGAUAACAAGUAUGAGUCCCUUGCCACUCAUGUGAAGAAGCUUGACAUACAGGUAGCACAGAUUCCAGAUGCUAUUAAAAGACAAUCUGGAAAUCUUCCUGGAAAGCCAGAGAUAAAUCCAAGAGAGCAUUGCAACACUGUAAUGGUUUAUGAUAAGAUGGUGACAACACCUGAGUUGAUGGAUGAGGAAAGGGCACAUGAUGUUGUAGUAGAAGAGGAGUGCACUCCUGUCACGCCACAAGUAUAUGUCCCUAAGGUCCCAUAUCCUAAAACCCCCAAACAUCUCAGGAAUUCCAUUACGGCAGAGAAGCUGAGUGAUUUUGAGAAGAUGGUGAGGAGAAUUCCCCAUGAGAUGUCAUCUGAAGAAGCAUGGGAGAACAGGCCUUUGGCAAGAAGCACACCACCACCAUUGAAAAAGUUGAAUAAGAUUGAAGACCCUGGAAAGUUUGCUGUUCCAUGCUCCAUCUCUGGAGUUGAGUUCAAAGAAUCUCUUGUUGAUUCUGGGUCCAGUGUGAAUCUAAUGUCAAAACUUGUCGCUGAGAGGUUGGGAAUUGUUGAUACAUGUAUAAGACACCUUCAGAUGACUCUUGCAUUUGCGAAUUCUUCUACCACAACUUCAUAUGAUACUAUCCCUGAUUUGCUUUUUAAAAUUGGAGAUGGUUUGGUUCCUACUGAUUUUCAGGUUGUAGAGAUGAUCGAAGGAUCAGAAAUGCCUUUAAUCCUUGGACGACCAUUCAUGGCCACAGUGGGUGCAAUUAUAGACAUGCCUAGUAAGAGAAUCUCAUUCUCUAACAUUGACAAGAAGGUAUUCUACAAAGCUAUCCCCACUAAAUGUCUCUUGCAUUAG